AUGACUUCCAACGGCUAUACCAGUACACCCCAGCUGGUGACAAUCACACUCUCAGAACAAGAGCGCCAAAGCAAACAGAUCUCUUCUCACAACCUCCAAGCUGCCAUCGAAGCCCUCCAUCGGGACGGCGUCUGCGCAAUCACCAAUGCCGUCGACACUGCCCACCUCGACAAGCUCAACUCGCGCAUGGUCUCGGAAGCCAAACAACUCUACGCCAACCCCAAAACACACCGGAACUUUGGUUCCCACACUGGCAACAUCCAGCAAGAACCAGUCUGUGAACCCGAGUACUUCCUCGAAGACAUCGUCGCCAACCCCUUCGCCACAUCUAUCACCGAAUGCAUGCUGGGUCCACACCCACACGUCCGGUUUUACAGCGCCAACACAGCGUUCAAGGCUGAGGGUCGUCAACCGCCACACAUCGAUGUGCAGUUCGAAUUCCCCAAGAUCCCGUUUGGAUUCUGUAUUAAUAUCAACCUUGUCGCGACCACGCCUGAAAACGGGGCGACGGAGAUCUGGCUUGGUAGCCAUCGUGAGUUUGACGAUGAGAAGGCCGCAUCCCACCUAGGAGAGAAAGUUGUGGACACGGGGUUGAGUCCAGAACAAGUUGAGGCGAGGCGGAAGAUCAGCCCGCCCAUCCAGCCUUCGCUGCCGAAGGGCGCGCUGAUUAUAAGGGAUUUCAGGCUGUGGCAUGCCGGUAUGCCAAACCGCACCGACGAUCCCAGGGUGAUGUUGGUGACGAUUCAUUUUCCAGCGUGGUAUCGCAAUGAUCAGAAAAUCUUCCUCCCGCGGAGUUUAGAGGGAAAGCUUGAUUGGGGCUCACUGGUGCCCUGUGUGGAGUGGGUAGAUGAGGGUUACGAUUACUUGGCCGGCAGGCAUGAUCAUGAUUUCUCGUUGAAGCCGUAA